GAGACGGUUUGGAGUCUAGUGAAAUUUCAGUCUACUGCAGAUCCUUAUGCUGAGGUAUCGUAGGUUUCAGUUUUUGCACGGCCGAUAACUCAAUCUGGCUCAUUAAAACUGUAAUAUCUGUGAAUUUGACAAUAAGGCAACUUCGACCCAUUCUUCACAUUUAUUUCAACAUAAAUUGGUUUUCAUGGACCCCAGGAUGAAGAAAAACAACAUUUCGAAAUCAGGAAGCGACAUACCUUCGCCAGUUCUUUUGAGGAGACGUCUUAGUGCACCAGAGACCGUGAUGAGAAAGUACAAGUUGGCGAGGGCGAAGUCUCAAGAAAACGAUACUGAUUCAAACACCGACUCGAAAUUUGGAAAUCUAUCCUGCAAUUUACACGGCGGCAGCGAAAUGAAUUUACAGAAAAAGAAAGAUACCACUGCUAUGAUGCGUAAAUCGACCCUUUUGAGGAGACUGAUGAAUAAUCCAAAAACAUUCGGAAGCUCGUCUUUCCAAGAAUGGCAACACUAUUGUGGAAAGCUUUCUACGCCUUCCUUGAAUUCCUUGCAGGGAUCCCCAGAACAUAUGUCAAAGUCGUAUAGUAGAAGAUCAUUGAUUGGAUAUGAGUACAAAACAUCCCCUAAACAUACCUUAGGCUCUAAAAAAGUGUCUCCAGUGCAUCAACUAUACGAACCUCAUAAUAAGAAUCCAGUUAAUCCAGUUAGCAUGUCCCCAAAACGCAGAAUAGAAAACCAUAGUUUUCAAAUUAAAAGUACAAAACCUAAAGAACCAACUAUUUCGUCUUCCCGUGGAUUUUCAGUCAGUGAUCAUUCGUAUUCAAAACACAAUUUCGCUGGUCAUUCAGAUUCUGCAUAUUGCUAUGAUAAAUACAAUUUCACCCCUACAUCUGUCUCCAGCUGUUGUUCGAGCAAUAGCACCAAUGUAACAACACAAGAAUCGACUAUUGAUAAGAAUGGAUCUCUGCGGAACAAUUCCGAUAACAUGGGCCAAGGAAAUGUAGAUGAAAAUAGAAAUUUUUCAGUGAAUGCAAGUAUGAACUAUGUAACACAAGAAACGUCGACUCAAACGAAUUCAUCGACGAACCUCAAUGUUAUAUCCAACGUGAAACUUAGUCAGAAAACCUUAGAUUUGAUUGUGAGUGAAGUAAUGAAAGAUGUCCAAAAAAGUUGUACGAAUGGAAACGACAUAGAAGACAAAACGGGCAGUUCAAUUCAUGUGCAGAAAAUAUGUGGCAUAUACGCAAAAUCCAAUGGUACCAUAAUAGAACGACCUAAUGAAUCUUUGAAGUGCUUAGCUGAUGACAGACUUCAUGCCCGGGGGCGCAAUUCUUCUAGAAUAUCCUUAAUCUCGAGUAGAUCUUCAAUAGGAGAUAAAUCAGAUAAUCUUGAAGAUCAAUCUGACAUUACAAGCUUAGCAGAUAGCUUAGAAGAAACAUCAUCUGGUAGAUUCAGUUUCAAGAAAUAUGACGAGAAACCAGUUCGAGGUGAUCUGCCACCUAUACCAGUAAGUCGAAAGAAACUGAUCAAUGCUAAGCCUCCGGAUGUUUUUUUUGUGCCAAUUAAAACUGACUCCGCAGAUCAUAAACCAGUUUCGGACUAUUUACCAGAAAAACUUAAAGAAAAAAUUUUACGUCGACAGAAAAACCGACAAGAUAAAUUCAACCAUUGUAAGGAAAGUCUGAACUUCGUUACAGAAAAUAUCGACAAGUCCUCCAAAUCUGAUUCUGAAUUGAGGCACAUAAAAAAUAGAGUAAGAUUUCGUAAGCAUCUCUUGCCAAGCAUCGAAUUGUUCAGAAAAAGCCAAAAGUCGGCAAAAAAAGGAAAUCAAGAAGAGAAAAGUGAUACGAAGAAAACAAGAAGAAAAACAAAGGACAAUCUCCAUAAUUUAAAGAAAACAAGAUCAGGUAGUCAUCAUAAUGAAAGCCAUGAAGAUUUUCAUCUUUAUAAGAGUGAAAACGAUUAUUUGUACGAAGAAGGGCCAAAAAGAAUUUAUCACAAAGCUGAAUUCCGAAACAACAAUCGAAGAAUAGAAAUACUGGAAAUAAUGGAAUGUGUAGAUCUACGAGAAAAGUCUAAGGAAAUAACAACGAAAACGAAAUCGAAAAUACCUGUUUUGAGGGAUCAAAACUUGGCGAAGACAACUUUCAAUCCAUUUCUGAUGAAGAAGGCUACCUAUUUAGAGUUGAGUGAUGUUUUAAGAGGCAAUACUAGCCUAGAUCAGUUAAUUACGGAUAUUUUGAUUCAACCGAAGAGUAAAAACACAGAUGGUUCAGCCGAAAUCAAAACAAAGAAUUCGAGCUUCGUUAAACAAGAGGAUUAUUCUGAGGGUGUUUCAGAGGAAAUAAUGCAAGAAGCAUCGAAUGAAGUUGAUAACGCAUCUUUGAUAACAGUAAUUGAAAAAACUAAUGAGAGUGCAGGGCAGGUUUCUGAAUUAUCCAAUGAUAAAAACAAUUCCGAAACUAAACGAGUACUUACAACUGAAACGCCUUUUUUCGAUAACAAGCAUAGCAGAAAAGAAACAGCCAAAGAGUUUAAAGACACUCAAACUAUAACUGACGACUGUGUUGUAUUUUAUCCGUUCCAGAACAAAGAAGGGCUCAUAGAUACAACUUCAAAUGAAGGGAGAAAUCCAAUGUACGAAAUGAAAAAUAGAAAGCUUGACGGGGAAGAAGAAUUCAAUCUUUCUGCUGAUGCAUGGGGGAGAUACAGGUCAAAACAAGGACAGGACAAAUGCGAAAGAAGUGAUUUUAAUGGGAAAAAUGAUUUCCAUGAAAGGAUAUUACUACCUCCUCCAAUGGCGAAGAGGUAUUCAAAAUCUAGCCGGAGACCUAAAUAUAGAACUGCAUUAAAUGAAAAUCCUACACGAGGUGAAUGGUCUAUUACUCUGAGCGGUACGAACAAUGCAUCAAUAGCUUCUGACCUGGAAAUGAAAAUUCGAUUUCCGUCUUCACAAAGGAAUAACCAUGUUCCUUUCAAUGGUGAAUCGCAUGAGUGGAGGGAGAAUAAUAAGUUCUACGGCGAUUAUAGAUUCUCUAAAACGAACAACAAAGACAUUAAUAAUUUAGACACUGGAAUCUAUAACGGCAAUAACAGAAGACUACGAAAUUUACCAGGUAUCAAUAACAAUCUGAGGGAUCCAGUUAAUCGAAGAGUAUCAGAUCCAGUUGCUGCUUUAAGGGCAAUGGACAUUGCUGAUAUUCGUCCAAGACAAACGAAAACUAGUCUGAAAAGAUAUAAUUUGACCAGACCAAAACUUCAUCCCUUGUUUGAAUCGAAUAUUGAUAAUUGUAAUAUUGAUCGUCGAUAUAUAGGAAAGCUGAGUCAAGUUCCCGAUCAUCUGAGCAUCAAUGGAUAUUCAGUUAGUCCAGAAAAUAAAUAUAACCAACCUGGUGUGAUCCCAAGGCAUGAUUGUUUAUCAAACGAAAUUUAAAUCACUUAUUUUUACUGGAAGCUGCAGCAUAUUGUGAAAGCCUAUUAAAUAUAAUUUUCAAGGAGAA